AAGAAGGGAAAGAAGUAAAAGAUAUUAGAAACUCGAUGUAUAUAUUUACUUUUUUUUCUUAUUUUUACACAUAAUUUUCAAUGAUAAUUAAUAUUCUCGAGAAAGGAGAUACUAUAAGAAUGCGAAAAUAUUAUAGCUGCUUGGAGAUAGAUAUAAAACAACAGAUUGCUAUUACCAAUUAAUUAAUUAAAUAUUUUUUGCCAUCAAAAUUAUAUAUAUACUGCGUAUCACCUGUGUAUUUUAAAUCAUAUUUUCUUACAUCGUUUGUGUUAGUGCAUAUCAUCUUCGAGCGAUAGAAAAAAAAAGAAAGAAAAAAAGACAUACGUACGCAUCAAUAAUAAAUUCAAGCGACACUACUCGUUCGAUACCUUUCUUAGGCUAUAAGAUAUCCCGGAGGGGCAGUUUUCCAUGAACUUUUCUAUUUAUUCCGUUGUAUCGAACCGCGUGCAUGUUAUCGGGAAGAGAAGAAAACGCGCGGGGCAUACAUGUAAAGACGUAAAUAUGCGUCUCUCCGAGGGUCGUCGGUCGUUCUCGUAUGUAUGUAUACCGUGUAUGAAACACAUACAAGAUACGUAUCCGUCAUCAUCGACACGGUGGACGGUGUACUAUAUACCGCAUAGGCGGAGCAAGGCAGAGGACGGCACUGACGGUUGACAGCUGACGGCAGUCGCAGGUCGCAGGUAGCAGUACGCAGACUACAGAACAGAAACAGGCUACGCAGUACCUACUUAUAUCGUUCGCACAGCGUAACGAGUAACGAAUCUUCGUCGUUCGCGACACCGCUGGUUUUUCCCGCGGGUUUUUUUAUCUGAAAAAUUCUUAUCGUACCUAUAUCGUCGCGCUGUAUAUCGUUCGUCAUGCCGCACGCGAGAUAAUGUCACGGUCCGCUGUUGGACGGUCGCGCUCGCCGACGGAGACGAGGUUAGGCGCGCGCGAUUUAUUAUCAAUCCUGACGUGUCAGACACGAAGCGCAAAUGGCGGCCGAGGAGGAUGUGUCCGCGCUCGGCGAGCGGGUCGACAAGCUUAGCGUUUCCGCGACGACGACGGACGAGGACGAUGAGGCGGCGGGCAAGGUCGAGAGUGAUGCCGAGAAUGGUGACGAAAAAAUCUGCGAGCCCCGACUCUGGGACUUUGAGACACGAGAGCUCUACAAACUCGCGCACAACUUCUAUAAAGAGAAAGAGGGCAAGGCUGUUCAUCUCUCUUAUGAGGAUAAAUUGAAAUUGGUGGCAUUCACGCAGCAAGUGACGCAUGGAAAAUGUACAGCCGAAAAUGCACCACCGUUAGGUGUCCUGGACGUGAUUGGAAGGGACAGGCGAUUGGCGUGGCAAAAUCUGGGGGAUAUAUCAAAGGAACAAGCAAUGGAGGGUUUUAUAGUACUGUUGGACAAAUUGUGCCCUUUAUUUAGAACCGUAGUCGAAGCUCAGAAAAGAGACUUUGAAGAGAAACAGCGACUUAAGAAGGAGGACGAGGCCAAAAAGCUGGAUGAGGAAAGGAAACUUAAGGAGUUGGAGGAGGAGAGGAAAAAGCAAGAAGAGGAAAGACUGAAGGAGGAGACUCAAAGAAGACAAAUCCAAGAUGCUUUGAAUCAGCAGACUUAUUAUCAGUUUAAAGUGUACGCUGAACAACAAUAUCCUGGCAAUCCAGAGCAGCAGGGCGUUCUGAUCAGGCAGUUGCAGGAACAACAUUAUCAUCAGUACAUGCAGCAAUUGAAACAGAAUCAAUUAGUCAUCGAGGACCAGACCGAGGAGGAGAAGAAGAAAAACAUCGAACCAGAGGACAUAACGUGCAAAGAUGACGAUGACGAUAACAAGGACGACACAAACGAAAAUGCGCCUUUGAACGAUGAAGACUCGGAUGAGUUUGAAGACUGGCCGCCUAUCACUCCCGCGGAGAUGUGGACGAGAAAGGGCGUAGAAGAAUUUAAGCAGAUCAUCAGGAGAGAAGCAGGCGACGCGGUCAUUAAAGUCGGUCAUGGCGAGACUGUAACGGUGCGAGUGCCAACGCAUGAGGAUGGUACGUGCUUAUUCUGGGAAUUCGCGACGGACGGUUACGACAUCGGUUUCGGAGUUUACUUUGAGUGGUCCAAACCGGAGACGAAUCAGGUAUCCGUGCAUAUAAGCGAGUCCGAGGACGAGGACGACGAGGAGGAGGAAUACGAAUCACGAGAAGACCUGGAGAGUGGAUCGGUAAACGGCAACCCUCGACCUGAACGUAAAACGAUUACGCCACCCAUAAGCGUUAUAGUACCUGUAUAUAGGAGAGACUCUCAAGAAGAGAUUUACGCUGGAAGUCAUCAGUAUCCAGGCGAGGGAGUGUAUCUUCUAAAGUUCGACAACUCUUAUUCGCUUUGGCGGAGUAAAACGCUUUACUACCGAGUGUAUUACACACGGCAGAACUUCGUGAAGAAUAAUGAUUAGUCUUUAUAUUACAUAUUGAAACGAGAUGUGUAUCGGGUAUACGUCGUCGUCUGUUGAGCACUAGCCUUGGCAUAAUAAUUGUCUACUAAUAAUGCUAGUCCAACUAAAUAAGUUUUAUGUCCCAAUUCGAUUCGCGCAAAAGCGACAAAAUCUGUUCACACAUACAAAGAAAAUAUAUUUAUUGUAUAGUCAAAUAAGAA